AAGUCGAUUAACGUCAAAGUUAAUAAAUAUAGUUUCACUUUCUCAUAGCGUAUUUAAGUAUACCUUUCUCAUCUCCCUGCUCACAUUGUUAUGGUAAGGUAAAGGGCUUCUGAUGUCUGCGAGAAUACUGCCACUUUGGGUAGAAUGAACUGUACAUGUACGCGACUUAAAACCGGUUUCUCGGCUUAUAGUGAUGAGUCAUUCGAAUGAACACAAUUCCCCAAGAGGAUGAUUAGCUCUACUGUGGAUAUCUCAGUUUCUUUCGUAUGCUUACUCCAUGUAUUUAUUAAAUAAUGUCUGCUCAUAUUCGUUGUGGAUGCACUUAUGCAUUUUCCACUUUUUUUUAAAUCUGGUAAAGCGAAACAAUCGCUAACGACUAGCUAGAAGGUGUCUAGUGCACCGAUCCUCAAGAAUGUCGCACUUAUAGAGGCAUUAUGCUCUUUACCGUCAAGGUAGUUAUUCGUAGUAUUCAGCUCGCCUUCGACAGCAACAAUAGAUAUUGGAUUUGGAACUCUUUAAAAGGGCGAGGCAUAUCCUCGAAAACUAUUAGUCUUAUCACGGCUCACUACGAUGGGUUUAAAUAUAGAGUACUUCAUAAUUGAGACUAUCAUCCAUCUUCAACACCAUAUCCGAAGUUGGACAAUUGUCUGAUGUCUCUCAUUGUAUUCCUCAUCGUUUUUGAUGACAUCGUGUCCAAAAUAAUUGACCGAUGCAACCGCGACAUUAGAUGGAACUUUAUAGGACAUUUCGACGAUCUUGACUAAGCAGUUGGCAUUUGCUUAAUCUCUUCGAGGCAAUCUAACAGCGGAGCAAAAUCAAAGACCUCAUCACUGAAACAAACUGAAUGCUGUGAAGACCAAAGCAAUCAAAAUUAGUGCCCGUAACAGCAAUGACAACGACGAAGCAAAAACUGCAGUUAUCGAGAACGUUCACUCCAUUUCAUCCCUUGGCAUCAUUAUCGCAAUGGACGGAGGCGCUACCGUAUGUACGUAGAAAGAUUUCUAAAGUUCAAGACAUUUUGUGGCGACGCUAUACUCCUCAUGGAGCCAGUGGAGCUAAGAGUAGAAGAAGAAUAUUCGUCCUCAUAGUAAUGGACAUCCCAUCUUUCAGAAGUUUUCAAAUCACAAAACGUCCAUCUCGGCUAAUAUGGAUGUGUUCGAGAAGUAUGAAUGGGUCAUUCUGGACCGAGAACAUAAGACUUGGCCAGUUACCUCUAUCCUUUGCGAAAUUAUGUCAGUUGUACAUCACAAAAUCAGACAUGUCGCUAUGCACUUGGGUCUCGAAUCGAAUGAGCUUUAUACUGGAGCAUCGUCUUCAUACGUACAUACAUACUUACAUUGGAGACAUUUAUCCAAAGAUCUUGCGAAAAACUGUUGUCUCUUCUCAUCUCGGUUUAUCAUGAUCCAUGUUUCUGCGCCGUAUAAUAGGACAGGAAUGAUGAGAGACUUAUAGAGCGUAAUUUUUGUUCGUCGUAAGAGGGAUCUGUUUCUCAAUUGCCGCCCGAUCCUUACGGCUGAUCAGCUGAUUAAAAAAUCUAAAUUUUUAAACACUGGCCAAAAUGAAUGAAAAUACAACUAUUUUUCAUGUCUGACUUUUGUUAAAAAAUUUAUUAGAAAUAAAAAAAAACGACAGAAUUCAUAAAAUAUUCCACGCGGCUUCGUAAUACUUCGACUUUUUAACCAUGGAAGACGAAAAACCCAAUACUUGUCCACGUAUGUAUGGGCACUUAUGCAAGUUCCAUUGGCGUGGCAUCGUACUGCUCGUAACACCGUUUCUCUUACUGCCAAUUAUAAUACCAAGCUAUGAAAGGGACAUGCGUUGCUUGUACAUAUAUUUGCUCAUGUCCAUCUAUUGGCUAACAACUGCAAUCCCGUUACAAGUGACCGGUUUGUUACCAUUUGUAUUGCUGCCAUUUAUGGGCAUUUUGGAUUCGACUCCGGCAUGUAAACAGUACUUUACGGUGCCUUUGGCGAUAUUCAUAGGCGGUGUUAUGGUAGGUCUCAGCAUUGAAUCCAGUAACUUGGGUAAACGUAUAGCGCUCGGUUUAUUAACAACGUUGGGUGUUAGUCCAAGGCGUAUUAUCCUUGCUAUCAUAUUGACUACAGGUUUCAUGUCUAUGUGGCUGCAGAAUACAGCGACUACAGCAGUCAUGUUGCCCCUAGUGAAGGCGGUGCUUGAAGAAUUUGAAGCGGGUGGUCUAAGGAUCAAAGAAGACAAAAAGCCGGAUCAAGACGAGGAAAAGAGAGAGGCCACCCAUGUUGCCGCCGGCUAUUACUUGGCUGUUUGCUAUUCGGCAACGAUUGGUGGUUGUGCAACAUUAAUUGGUACUUCAACAAAUAUCGCAACAAAAGGAUUAUAUGAAAAUUUAUUUGUGAAUGCCACAGAAAUCAUUGACUUCCCCAAAGCUUUGGCAUACAAUGUUCCCUGGGUGCUAGUCGCUUUAUUGUUCUUGUAUCUCGCACUUUUAAUAACACAUUUUGGUCUCCUCCGUCCAAAAAGUGAGACUGGUGCUGCGCUGUCUGGCUUCACAAAAGGUUCUAAAGAAAUUGGAGCAGCGGUUAAACAGAAAUUCGAGGAUAUGGGUUCGAUGAACAUUCAUGAAAUUCAAGUUGCUAUCGUAACUCUACUAAUGAUCUUUUUACUUACAUUUCAAUCACCUGGAAUUAUAACUGGAUGGGCUGAUGAAAUGAAUAAGCCCGGUUUUAUUAAAGGUGCUACCCCAAUGAUGGCCAUGGUCAUGUUGAUCUUUUAUAUUCCAGCAAGAUAUACGUUCUUCAAAUUCUGCUGCGGCAAGGGUCCGUUUCCUUACAGCGCUGAGAAAAGUUUACUCUCAUGGAAAUAUGUUAAUAAUUACUUUCCCUGGGGCAUCAUUUUUGUUUUAGGUGGCGGUUUCGCAUUGUCUAAGUCCUUUAUAGCGUCUGGGCUAUCUCUGUGGCUGGCGGAUAAAGUCUCCAUGUUCAAAGGGUUGCCACUUCCCAUUUUACAAUUAUUUUCCAUUUUGAUUUCGGCAUUUUUGACGACAUUCACAAUGAAUACGGGCGUGUGUAAUAUCGUUGUACCAAUAAUAGCCGAAAUUGAGUCUGUCACUCUGUCCUCCUAAAUCCACAGCGACCUUAUAUACCAACUGGACGAGUACUGGAGUACUAAACUUUAAUAGCCACGUCACGAUUAUGACCAAAGUAGACAGCCGCAACAAUAUUCUCAAGUCACUAACUGGUAGCAUUUGGGGAAAAGACAAAGAAACAUUCUUGGCCACUUACAAGAUAAUCGGACAGCCGAUCGGUAACUACACCGAUGGUUCAAACAUGCCUAAAACGACAUUCACAACAGAGCUAUUAAAACAUGCCUUGACUUCCUCCCAGUGAAUGGCGUCCGUGGAGUAAAACCAACACACAUGACAGACGGUGAGCUCGAGUUACCUCAUGAAACAAGAGUGAUCCUCACGCAACUUUGUUUUAGAUACUAUAGUACGUUAAACUCCAACUUAUCCAGACCUGACAGUCAUAUCAAAUACAUGUCCAGCAUGUAACGCGUCUCCGCAUGACACGGACCCGACUCAUCUAACACCACUGUAUCCCUAUGGUCCUACACUGUCGAAACAGCUCCAAUCAUAAUACUUGAAGCAGGGUCUAGGUAAUCGUUAAAAUAACAACCACACUAAAGUGGCGGGUAUCUAUUCAGACGACCCC